AAAACGUUGGUUUCUGAUUGUCAUUUCCGGCAAUCGAAUUGGAAGUAAAAAUGGCAAUCAUGGAGCACUCGGAACAGUACCCUUCACCUACAUUCUUCCGUCUCCUCCUAUUUCUCCUCCGAAUUCUCUUCCACUUUGUCAAAAAGCCAUGGAGCACUCAAAAUUCUGCAAAGGGGAAGGUGCUGCUCCCUGCACAGAAAUUCUUCCGUCUCCUCCGAUUCCUCCUCCACUUUGUCCAAAAGCCAUGGAGCACUCUAAAUUCUGCCAAGGGGAACCUGCUGCUCCCUGCACAGAAAUUCUUCCGCCUCCUCCACUUUCUCCUCCACUUUGUCCAAAAGCCAUGGAGCACUCGAAAUUCUGCCAGGGGGAACCUGCUGCUUCCUGCACAGAAAUUCUUCCAAUUCAUUUCGCAGCUCAUCGACGUGUCAAUGAAAACUGGACCUGGCCAUUGUGUCUUGUGAUCGCUUCAGUACUAUGCUCAGCUUGCCACAAUGUACUCAUGGAAAACACUAUGGAGAAGUAUGAUGUCGAGCCUCUAUGGCUUGCAACCAUAGUACGGUUUUCAGCUGUGAUCCCCAGCCUCAUUAUUGCCCUGGUCACCACUCGUGGACGAGCCUACAAACGAUAAACACACAUCCUUUUUAGUUCGGGGAGUUUUGAUCUAGGUGCUUGACUUUUGAAUAUGUGUGUCUGAAUUUGUUCAACUUUUUUUUUUAUAUAUUCUUUGGUUCGUUUGUUCUUGUUGAGGUAUGCUGUUGCUGUUGUUUCCGCAAAUGCAAAUUUUGUGCCUUUGUUCAAAAUAUUUCAAGAUUUUAGCUUCGAAGAGCAAAUGGGGUUUUUCUCUUUAAGCAUGUUGUAAUGUAUAAUGUAUUGCCACAUCAUGUUUUCCACCGUCACCGUCAGCCUAUCUUAUGCAGACUUCACCUCUAAGACUCCAGCAAGAAAUAUUAGUUGGAUUAACUUAAAUUUCAAUGUCAAGAAGCUUUCAAACUAUUAGUUUAUUGGGAACAGACUGGCGGACUGAACCUUUUGCAUAUACUUUUAGCUCCUUUCUGUAAGUUGUCAAUUGUAACAGAUUUUGGUCGUAUGACAAUUGCAAUGUAAUUUUUGCGGUCUUUCACUUUGACGAUGCUUUUUAUUAAUAUUGUUGUUUCUCCCAAUUUAUAAAUUGGCUGAAGUAUGCCUAUUUAUUGUGUUUUUCUAAGUUUUCGUUGCCUUCCCAACUACAUUCUCAUUCCCAGUCCGUUUCAUUGUAGAAGCCAAAACACACCUCAAAUAUGACCCUUGUGGUGACUCACUGUGUCGCUGCAGUUCCAACAUACCCAAUCUAUAAGCAUCGACAUAAACCUCCUCACUCUCUCUCUCUCUGCGCAUCUUAUCAAAAUCAAAUCAAGUUUCAGACGUUAAAACUCUGCCGUCCACCUCUUAUACUCUCGAGCCAACCAGAGAGUGAGUUUCCAAAUCAUUUCAUAAAGUCAUAAUGUCCCAUGGAACCCACCAGGCCAACUCGGAUUUGUGCGGGUGUGAGUGCUUCAAUAUGUACAAGCAGCAGGUUCCUUAUAGUCAGGCAUGGGCUUGGCAGAAGAGCAGAGUUGAGGAGAAAAAAAUCUCUGAUAGAGAAGAAUGAUCAUUGCCCAGACUCAGUUUAUUCUUCAGCAUCGUCCUGUUGUGUUUACCUUGGGAACUGCUAUAUUUCAAGGACGCACCUUUCUGCAUCUAUCGAACUGAAUGUGGCGGGGAGGUUACAUAUCAUGGUCUGGAUCAGGUACUUCAAUGGCUGAAUUUAACAUUUCUGUUUUUGGAGACGUUGCCAUUGUAAUUUGAACUUGUUAGCCCACGGUAGUCAAGUUAAAGUAGGAAUCAAAAUCCGAACGUGUGAUUUAAUUGCUUAGAGAGUCAUUUUUCCUAACCUUGGGUGCAUGCGUUUUUACUGUAGAUAGUUAUGUACCCUAUUAUGAAUCUACGAAAUCACAAGAUGGGUCCUCAUUGGUACCCCGGGUCACUUGAGGAGGUGAUCAUCAGUGCUCUUGCAAAGACAUUCUGUACCAAGGCAUCUGGGGCUUAAGGGCCUCACUGGUGUUUGGCAUGGUAUGCUUCUUAAAACAAGGGCAUGCUGUACCUCCUUCCUUUUGUAUUAUAGCUUAUUAUCAUUGCCAGUACCGAGUUUUUGCUCUCAUAGCUUCCUUUACAAGUAGUGGUUCCUUGUUCGCUAAUUUAGUCGUGUUUAGAAAAGAAAAAAAAAAAAAA